AGCUUCGUUUCUCCUUUCUGUCUGCUGGCUGCUGUCCUGUCAUUGGCCUGGGUGUGGUUUCAGAGUCCGGGUACCGUUAACAGGAAAUCGAGCUUUCGAGUCCAUUUCUUUUUUUGAGGGCGAAACAAAGACUAAUUAUACCCCUCGAAAGUUCAAGAUAAGUGUUUUGGUGUGUUUUAAAUCGAGUAAUAGGCUGGGCUCGUUUUGGACAGGAAAGGGUUUCACUGGCGCCGUUGUUCUGAUGGGAAAAAGUUUUCUGGUGGUUUCGACAACUGUUCGUCUUUUCUAUUAGGUUUUUUUGUUGUGUAUUUUUGUUUUAUUUCCUUCUAACCCGAAGCGGACCAACAAAAGCCAAGAUGCCGAAAACGAUUAGUGUCAGAGUCACCACAAUGGAUGCGGAACUGGAGUUUGCCAUUCAGCCCACAACAACCGGAAAGCAACUCUUUGACCAGGUUGUUAAGACCAUUGGGCUUCGGGAGGUUUGGUACUUUGGACUCCAGUACCAGGACACCAAGGGAUUAUCUACAUGGCUCAAGCUCAAUAAGAAGGUGACAGCCCAAGACGUGAGGAAGGAAAGCCCGCUACUUUUUAAGUUCCGUGCCAAGUUCUUUCCUGAGGACGUGUCUGAGGAGUUAAUCCAGGAUGCCACCCAGAGGCUGUUUUUCCUUCAGGUGAAGGAGGGAAUUCUAAACGACGAUAUCUACUGCCCUCCCGAGACAGCCGUCCUCUUGGCUUCCUAUGCAGUCCAGGCAAAGUAUGCCGACUACAACAAGGAAGUCCACACACCGGGCUACCUGUCAAGUGAACAUCUGCUCCCUCAGAGAGUUCUGGACCAGCACAAACUCAGCAAGGACCAGUGGGAGGAGAGGAUUCAAGUAUGGCAUGAAGAACACAAGGGAAUGAUGAGAGAGGAAUCCAUGAUGGAGUAUUUGAAGAUUGCCCAAGAUUUGGAGAUGUAUGGAGUCAACUACUUCAGCAUUAAAAAUAAGAAAGGAACAGAGUUGUGGCUGGGCGUGGACGCUUUGGGGCUCAACAUUUAUGAACAGAACGACAAAAUGACACCCAAAAUUGGGUUCCCUUGGAGUGAAAUCAGGAAUAUUUCCUUCAACGACAAGAAGUUUGUCAUCAAACCCAUUGACAAGAAAGCUCCAGACUUUGUAUUUUAUGCUCCGAGGCUGCGCAUCAACAAGCGCAUUCUGUCUCUAUGCAUGGGAAACCACGAGCUGUACAUGCGCCGCCGCAAACCCGACACCAUUGAAGUCCAGCAGAUGAAGGCUCAAGCUCGGGAGGAGAAGAAUCUCAAGAAGAUGGAACGAGCUCUGCUGGAUAACGAAAAGAGGAAAAGGGAAGUGGCAGAAAAGGAAAAGGAGAAGAUAGAAAAGGAAAAAGAAGAGUUAAUGGAUCGAUUAAGGCAGAUUGAGGAGCAGACCAAAAAGGCCCAGCAAGAGCUGGAGGAGCAAACAAUGAGGGCCAUGGAGUUGGAGAUGGAGAGGAAGCGAGCCCAGGAGGAGGCCGAGCGCCUGGAGGCUGACCUGAAAGGUGCCGAGGAUGCCAAGAUGGCUCUCCUGCAGCAGUCCGAAAACCAGAUGAAGAACCAAGAGCACCUGGCCACCGAGCUGGCUGAGCUGACCUCAAAGAUUUCCCUCCUGGAGGAUUCCAAGAAGAAGAAAGAAGAUGAGGCUACACUGUGGCAAGAGAAGGCCACCAUGGUGCAGGAGGACCUGGAGAAGACCAAAGAAGAGCUGAAAAACAAAGUGAUGGCGGCCCACGUCCAGGAGCCCAUCAGCACCGAGAACGAGCACGACGAGAACGACGAAAGUAGCGCCGAGGCCAGCGCCGAGUUUACAUCCGCCGCCACGUACAAGGACCGCAGCGAGGAGGAACGCAUGACCGAGGCGGAGAAGAACGAGCGUUUGCAGAAACAUUUACUCGCUUUAAGUUCAGAGUUGGCCAACGCCCGAGACGAGACCAAGAAGACGGUCAACGACAUGAUCCACGCAGAGAACAUGCGGGCGGGACGUGACAAGUACAAGACCCUCCGGCAGAUCCGCUCGGGAAACACCAAGCAGCGCAUCGACGAGUUUGAAUGUAUGUGAUGCGGAAGUCGUCAAGGCCGCUCGACUGGACCGCAGUCCAGCGAGGCUCCAGCUCUUUCUCUCCUCCCAAAUAUAUCAGCUGCAAAUCAUGACAUGGCUGCACACAAACACAGCACAAUGUACAAAUAUGGAUCUGUAAAAGUUGCAUGUGCUAUCAUUCCUAACUGAUUUGAAGCAAGUCACUGGUGUUAAUAAGGGACAUACUGUAUUUUGUAAGUGCAUUCCUCACUUAGGGGGGGUUUGUAGCAAAUGGAUCACAUUUUCUGACACUUCCAGUCAAUUCUGUAAUUUCAUCUCAGAUUUCUGUCAGUUCCUUUUUUUGUGACUUCAAAAUUAAAGACCCCGACGGCCAGUCCAACUCUGUGCCCGUUAGAUAUAAAUUGAAUAUUUCUGCUGUACUCAUGCAAACAGAAUUUUCUGUUCAUAUUAAUUUUGUCAUGAUCCACCACACAGCCUUGUCUUUUGAGUUGAUUUAAGGCUCACGGUGCAUCUACCGAAUAGAAUUUAAGACAAUGAAUCGCUUUUCUUUUCGGAUCUAGAUUGAAUAAACUUGUGCCAUAAAAAAACUUUUAGUUUGUAGUGUCAAAUUUGAAUCUUUGUUACGUGAUGACUGAUGCUCAUCAAGUUUGUCUGUGGCAGGAAGCGUUCAACAGAAUUUCAUAUCUGGAUGAUUUUGGUCAGGUUGUAGCGAUAUCAAACUUAUGUUUUGGGGUUUAGACUUAGGCGUAAUGUAUGACUUUUUAAUCAAAUAGUUCCGUUAUCAAGGGAUGACAAUUUAUUUUGUUCAAUGCAACAUUCUACAGUAUGUCAUUCAAAAGUUGGUAUGUUGUAAUUUAAUCUUUAAUUUAAAAAAAUCACAUCUGAAAGCCAAGUAAUUUCCUUUUAACAUGCACUGGAACAUCCACAGUAUUCAAUAUUAACCAAAACAACAAUGCGUAGUAUCUCCAGUUCUUACAUUUUAAUAUACUGUAUGUAUUUAAUGAAUGACUUUUGUAUUAUUGUGAUUUGGAUUAUUCUGACGUGAUCAAAUCAUGUAACGGUGUUAAAAAAAAAAAAAAAAGAGAGAGCGAGCGACAACACCGCCGAGGAUAUUUUUGUAUGAUGCAACUUUAGCGUCCGGAGCACAGUAUUAGUUGUAAACUAAUGAAAUGGCUCGCGGCUGUUCUAGUAAAUUGAAGGAA